AUGCGCGCCCCUCUCUCGUCUGCCGAUGCGCCCUCGAUGGCCGACUCCCUUCCGAAUGUGCAGUUUGGCUUCGACGACCUGCGUCAGCGAAUGGAUGCUUUCAAGACACGCUUCGAUGAAUACAUUGUCCAGGGCAGAAAGCGGAUGAGGGAGGAGAAGAAUCAGUUUUACCUCAACAUUGCCGAGAUGCAGGAGGACCAACGCCACAAGCAGAGAGAAAUCGAGAUCCUACAGCUCAAGUCGACGACGCAUCAGCAGACGCUCGCAAAAGAGGCCCAAGAAACAGCCGAAAUGCACAACGCGAUCGCCGCUCUCAAUUCGCGCAGGGAUGAGCAGAUUGCCCGUCGCGACGCCCUGAAGGCCCAGAUUGCAGAGGUCCAGGGCCAGAUCGCCGCCAAGCGCGAAGCUCAAAGAGACCACGCUCGCUACCUCGAUUCCCAAGCCCGAUUUAAUCAGCCAGAGCUUGCCUUCUGGCGGGACUACCUUUGCCUGGAGAUGGAGGGUGCCGGUGUGAGCGACCGUUUGAAGUUCACCUUUACACACAUCAAUGAGCGCGAUUGGGAGAAGGAGGGUAUCUUCGAACUGGACACAACCUAUCGCGAGUACACGGUCUCUUACAUGAAGCCCCGUCUUGACCAAGAGGAGGUGAACGAAGCACUGGAGAGGCUGAACCAAUCGAGACAACUCGGCGGAUUCUUCAGGCGUAUGAGGGAGCUGUUCAUCGAGGCCUCAAAAUGA